AUGGAGCCACUCGUCAGUGGUAUUAUUCCGGAACUCCGAGGUACCCGGAAUGACCGGCUGGAGCGAGACGGGGAGCACGAUAGCCUGGCGGCGCGAGGAAAUUCGAACCGUCGAGAUCAUGACCAUAUUCCGAUGGCACCGAGAGAGCAUAUGCAGCCGGAGAGGAUGAGCACCCCUGUAUACUUGGUGCUUUUCUCACUAACAGUAAUAUGCCUCGCCAUGGCAAAAGUCGCCUUGGGUGCUUUUCUUCCCCCAAUCGACUGGUGGAUCCCAUUCCCAUCUCUAGGGUCUGUCUUGGGCGGUAGGGGAUCCAAGUCGUCUGUAGCCCAGUCGUCGUCAUCUUCAGAGUCCUGGUUCAGAGGAGCCACCGAGACCGCUGCCAUUAUCUUCAAAACCAUCAUAGUGAUCCUUGGUGGCAAGUACAUAAUCACCAACGGAUCUCAAUGUCUCGUCGACUUUUUCCCGGUAGAAUCUGGUCCGCGAUCUCUCUUGGAAAACGGCACUCUCCGACAAACCCUUACGCUUAUGAGCUAUUUCAUCCUCCCCACCGCAACGUCGGCUACGGUCUCCUCAGUUGUCCCAAACGGCUUCUGCAAUCCAAAGGCCAACAUUCUACGCUGGUGGCCGCCUCGAACACGAGGUGACAUCAGAGCAAUAUUGGAGGGAUGGAGCGGCCUCGCAGGUCUUCACUUGAAAACGGGCGGCAGCAUGACGCAGAUGUCCAAGUGGAGAUGGAAUUUUGGGAGAGCUUUCAUGUGGUUGUUAGGGGUCGGCACCUUGGCGAUUCUGGUUUUCGAUAGUGUCGGUUUCUUUAGUUUCGUGGUUUCUUGGCAACGCUGA